GUCAUGGUGUGGCAUUGGGUCCCUUGCUGUUGAUUGGGCCGAGAAGGGCCAGCCUUUCCCAGGAUGCUUUCAGAUGUCCUCACAGAGCACUGGGUUUCACCUGGAGGUCAUAAAUUGGCCAUUGUCACGAUUCAGAAGCCAGACCAACCUACCAAGAAGUUGAGCCUUCCUCUGAGAAGGAGAGUGCUGUGACAGCGAGGAACCAAACAUUGACUCCGGCUGCAUUGUGGAUUUUGAAUGACCCUCGGGAGGGCAUGAUGAAGCCAACGCACACGAUGGUCAACUGCUGGUUCUGCAACCAGGAUACGCUGGUGCCCUAUGGGAACCGCAACUGCUGGGACUGUCCCCACUGCGAGCAGUAUAACGGCUUCCAGGAGAAUGGCGACUACAACAAGCCGAUCCCCGCCCAGUACAUGGAGCACCUGAACCAUGUGGUGAGCAGCGCGCCCAGCCUGCGCGACCCCUCGCAGCCGCAGCAGUGGGUGAGCAGCCAAGUCCUGCUGUGCAAGAGGUGCAACCACCACCAGACCACCAAGAUCAAGCAGCUGGCCGCCUUCGCUCCCCGUGAGGAGGGCAGGUAUGACGAGGAGGUCGAGGUGUACCGGCAUCACCUGGAGCAGAUGUACAAGCUGUGCCGGCCAUGCCAAGCAGCCGUGGAGUACUACAUCAAGCACCAGAACCGCCAGCUGCGCGCCCUGCUGCUCAGCCACCAGUUCAAGCGCCGGGAGGCCGACCAGACCCAUGCACAGAGCUUCUGCUCCUCCACCGUGAAGUCCCCGGUCCAGGUCAUCCUGCUCCGUGCCCUCGCCUUCCUGGCCUGCGCCUUCCUACUGACCACCACACUGUAUGGGGCCAGCGACCCCUUCGCCCCGGGCACCACUGUGCCCCUGGCCCUGCCACCUGGUGGCAAUGGCUCAGCCACACCUGACAAUGGCACUGCCCCUGGGGCCGAGGGCUGGCGGCAGCUGCUGGGCCUGCUCCCCGAGCACAUGGCGGAGAAGCUGUGGGAGGCCUGGGCCUUCGGGCAGAGCCACCAGACGGGCAUCGUGGCACUGGGCCUGCUCACCUGCUUGCUGGCAAUGCUGCUGGCUGGCCGCAUCAGGCUCCGGAGGAUCGACGCCUUCUGCACCUGCCUGUGGGCCCUGCUGCUGGGGCUGCACCUGGCUGAGCAGCACCUGCAGGCCACCCCGCCCAGCUGGCUGGACACGCUCAAGUUCAGCACCACAUCUUUGUGCUGCCUGGUUGGCUUCACAGCGGCUGUGGCCACAAGGAAGGCGACGGGCCCGCGGAGGUUCCGGCCCCGAAGGUUCUUCCCAGGAGACUCUGCCGGCCUCUUCCCCACCAGCCCCAGCCUGGCCAUCCCUCACCCAAGUGUCGGAGGCUCUCCAGCGUCUCUGUUCAUCCCCAGCCCGCCCAGCUUCCUGCCCCUUGCCAACCAGCAGCUCUUCCAGUCUCCUCGACGGGCCUCACCCUCCUCAUUGCCCGGCCGCCUCAGCCGGGCUCUCUCUCUGGGAACCAUACCCUCUCUGACUCGAGCAGACUCAGGCUAUCUGUUCAGCGGUAGCCGCCCACCGUCUCAGAUGUCUCGAUCUGGGGAGUUUCCCAUUUCAGAUUACUUUUCUCUGCUGUCAGGGAGCUGCCCCUCCUCCCCACUCCCUUCCCCAGCCCCCUCCGUGGCUGGCUCGGUGGCCUCCAGCUCCGGCUCUCUGCGCCACCGCAGGCCCCUCAUCAGCCCUGCCCGGCUCAACCUGAAGGGACAGAAGCUGCUGCUGUUCCCGUCACCCCCUGGAGAGGCCCCCACCACGCCCAGCAGCUCGGAUGAGCACUCGCCUCACAACGGCAGCCUCUUCACCAUGGAGCCGCCCAAGGUUCCCCGGAAGCCGCCCCUGCAGGACGUGACGCACGCCCUGGACCUGAGAUCCAAGCUGGAAAGAGGCAGUGCCUGCAGCAACCACUCCAUCAAGAAAGAGGACGACUCUUCCCAGUCAUCCACCUGUGUGGUAGACACCACCACCAGGGGCUGCUCGGAGGAGGCUGCCACUUGGAGAGGUCGUUUUGGCCCCUCCCUGGUCCGGGGCCUCCUGGCCGUGAGCUUGGCCGCCAAUGCCCUCUUCACCUCGGCGUUUCUGUACCAGAGCCUGCGCUGACCCACUAUUGGAGCCCCUCGGAGGGGAGCAACCCGGUGCCUGCUGCUUCACCACUGCCGGCCUCAGGACCCUCCCUGGAGGGGCUGCCGCCUCUGCCCUCAUCUCCAGGGCCUUGACCUCACUGGACUGUGACUGUCCUCAGGACACCUGCCCCUCCUCACCUAACGGACUGCAGGGCUGAGUGUGUGUCUGGGAUCACACUCUCUGCCGCCCACCUCCUUGGCUGACAUCGGCUGUGUUUGGUGCUGACACUCUGAUCCCGGAGCCAGGGAGCCCCAAGGGGCUGCAUGACCCUGGGGUGCCCCACACCGUUCAGCCCUGCCUGGCAGGGAUGCCAGUACUACUGUAACUGCAGCAGGAGCUGCCCGGCCUGCCUUCCGGCCCCACGCCCACAGGCAUGGUCACAUCUUUGUACUGUACUCCCGUCCCACCUGGGGCGACCUCAGAGCCCCACUAAGCUGAAGGCCCCCUGGGGGAGAGGGAAGCAUGGUCCUUGUCAUCUGCCCUGUCUUGCCCCUUCUUGUGGAGUGGGCAGAAGGGUGCCCGGGAUCCUCAGAGCUCCCAGGUCUGAGCAGCCAAACGCCCAGCGCAAGCCCCUGCUCCACCCUCCCCAGCCAGAUACCCCCCGCUUUGUGACCUCUGUUGACCUUCCAGGAAGCAGUCCCAUUACCCUGAGAACGCAGAGAGCCCUGGCCCGCCUCGCCCUGUGUUUCCAGGGCUGCACGUCUGGUCCUUAAGCUGCGCGUGGAACUGCAGGGCAGGCUGACGGGGGCCUUCAGAUCUCAGAUGAGACUGCACCCCUUCGCUCACCCUACUGGGUGCCUGCCUCCCUUCAGCCCCUGAGAAUCCCAUCUUCCCCUGGUUCUCCUGCCCACUCCCCUGCUGGGGCUCCUUCCUGGCACUGAGGAGGGGCCCUCCCAAUGCUGUGAGGCAGAGAGGAGGGACUGUGCACCUGUGGCCAUCAGAGCCCCCCCGCCGUCCUGCCCUGGGCCUCGGACACGGGCCUGGGGCAGCGCGUGUCUGCCGGUCGUGUGCUUUUGCCAGUUGGAGAAGAAUCAGCUGCCUCAGUGGAUUCUGAGACUCACUGUGGGGCGGGAGGAAGGGUCUUCACUCUGCCAUUCAGGGAUAAAGUUUAAUUUUAUUUUUCUACACAUUUUGCCAGGUCAGGCAUUUUGCUAGUAAGCAGGAUGCCCCCAACUCUCCCUGCCAUGGAGGAUUCAUUUUUUUAAGCUUUGGGUGCUUUUUUAAUACUUUUUUUUAACGUGGGGAAGGAGCUUGCUCUGACAUCACCCUCCUCUCCCCUGACUCCUGUCCUGAGAGCUGUGGAUGCUGCCUCCUGCCCUGCCUACCCCUGAAACAUGGGGGACGGGCCCCAGGACAGCGUCAGGACCUUUGAGUCCAGCUGCCCGCAAUGGUUCCAACUCAGAGGCAGCGCCUCACGGUCCCCAUUUUUGUAUAGUGGGCGUGUGUGUUGAGGUUUUUUAUUUUUUGCUUAACAAAACCAAACUCCAUUCCCAAAUGCCCUUCCUCUCUGGCUCUGAGGGCGCUCCUUUCUCUCAGCCAGGCAGCCUGGCCUCUCCUGCCCAGACCUGUGGUCCCAGCAUCCCCCAGAGCCAGGGUACAGGCCCGGCGGGAGGGGGUUUUAUGUUUUGUUUCAGACAGAAAACACAACCUUAUUUUUCUUUACAAAAGCAAAAAAGGAAACCAAAAACGAUACGGCCUUUGAAUGA